AGAGAGAAGACACUGAUGUGUGCAGAGACACUGAUGUGUGCAGAGACACUGAUGUGUGCAGAGACACUGAUGUGUGCAGAGACACUGAUGUGUGCAGAGACACUGAUGUGUGCAGAGACACUGAUGUGUGCAGAGACACUGAUGUGUGCAGAGACACUGAUGUGUGCAGAGACACUGAUGUGUGCAGAGACACUGAUGUGUGCAGAGACACUGAUGUGUGCAGAGACACUGAUGUGUGCAGAGACACUGAUGUGUGCAGAGACACUGAUGUGUGCAGAGACACUGAUGUGUGCAGAGACACUGAUGUGUGCAGAGACACUGAUGUGUGCAGAGACACUGAUGUGUGCAGAGACACUGAUGUGUGCAGAGACACUGAUGUGUGCAGAGACACACUGA